AUGCGAGAAUGUGAAGAUGGCCUCUCCCAGUGCGGCAGAUGACUUGGAGCAGACAUUAUUAAGUUUUGAAAAACUGGACCGCUCUUCCCCAGACCUGUGGCCAGAAAAAAUACCAGGAGUGUCAGAAUUUGUGGCAAGCCAUAGUCCUUUGUCUGAGCACUGUACCCCACCGAAAUGGCUGCAGGAUAUUGACGAAGACGACAUCAAUAUGUUGCAAGAAUUCGGCAGCCUGACACCAGCAGGGCUGAUUGACAAAGUUAAACAGCUGCAGAAUCUUGCAUACCAGUUAGGUCUGGAAGAAGCUCGAGAAAUGACCAGAGGAAAAUUCCUGAACAUCCUUAAUAAAGGCCGUGUCAAGAAGAAAUAGAUGACGUUUACUAGAUGUCAUCAUAACCAGUGCAUUACUUCAUACAGUAUUUAUCAUUAUACAGUUGUUUGAGAUUUUUUUGUAUAAUCUAUCACGUAGUGCAUUAAAUUUUUUAAAUGCUAGGGUUACAUCUUAACAGGGAAUGGAUCAUAGGUAGAAGUGAACUCGACCGGGCACUGAAACCGUUUAGGAUAGGUGUUAUUGAAAUUUACUUGAUUGAUAUUGUCACGUGUUCUAGUAAUGCUGACUUUACUAUAUGACGUUAGUGACCAAUUCAUUUUAAGAUGUGUCUCGUUUAUUCACACUGAAAUCUAAUUGUACAAAACAUUUUGCAUGUUGAGUAUGUUUGUUUCUUAAUGUGGGAAAAUACUUUAUAUGUAAAAAUCAUGUUAGAGUUACAAGUCGGAACCUUCUAUAACAAGCCUAGGCGGUGCCCUGUGUUGGCUUUUAUAGAGACAAGAGGAUGUGACCCAUAUGCACUUCUCUCGGUGCAGUGGGAUACUGGACAAUAGUAGGGCAAUCUUACAGUAUUUACCUGCUCAUGCUCGUUAGCCCAGCCUAAUGUGUCAUAGCUUCCUUUUUCCCCUUUCAUCUUCUUCACCUUCUUAUCCACUAUCAUCUUCUUCAUCAUCAUUAUCAUCAUAAUCUUCUUCUUCUUCUUCUUCUUCUUCUUCUUCUUCUUCUUCUUCUUCUUCUUCUUCUUCUUCUUCUUCCUCCUCCUCCUCUCCUUAAUCCUUUUUGUUGGGAGUACAUGGCGCUAUAUGCUAGGAGUUGCAUCCCUGCAGAAUGUUAUUGUAAUCUGCAGACGGUGCUUUUAGCAUUGGAAAGUUGACUUAUCAGUAUCAUUCUUUCAUGACUAUUAAUUCGGUUUGCACCCAGUUUUUUGUAUGUUAUGUAUUUAAAUGUUUACUGUUGUACAACUCGUCUCGCUGUGUGUAUAGUUUCUUUAUCAUAAUAUUAAAUAAAAUGUUAUAGCGUGACUUAGAGCACGAGACCUAUUGCCUCUCAGUGCGUUUGUAUUAAUGAAAUUGGCAUAAUAAAUUCAGUCGAAUUACU